GGGCGUCGGCCCGAGAGAUGGGGGUCUUGUCCCAUCUCGUACAGACCACACUCUUGUGACUGUAGUUUGCUCAGCUGCAAUAUAAGAAUAUUUGUAGUAUGUGUUUCACUUAAUCCUCUUAUGGGGACUAAUCAGUCAUUUGGGAGCUGGAGGAACCUUCCAGACGAGGCCCUCCCAGAAGUCUCCUCAGUGCCCCUCUCUUCACAGAAUGUUCCAGAACCCACCAGUUAGUCGCUCUCUCUGCCCUCUUCCGAACCCUACAGGGUUCCUCUCUUAGGGUUCUCAUCCCAUCCUGCCCUGCGUGAUGGUUAGUAGCAUCCUUAGUUUAUUUCAUCUGCAGAAAGAAUCAUGAAAGCACAGCCUGCUCUCAGCUUGGUGGGUUUCGGGGUGGGUUCUGGGGCCCUGUCCCAGGUCCUCCCAGUCCUGCACCUGCUUCCCCUCAGCAGCCCGCCCUGGGGCCCUUGCAUGAGGUUCUCAGUGCACCUUCCGUGUGUGUGCACACUCGCACAAGGUUCCCUCUACCUGGAGUGCCAUCCCCCGCCCAACCUCAGAUUUGCCUCCUCGGGGGGCGAUUAGCAUGACAGAAACAUUUCCAGAAUGUAACUGUGCUUCUGAAAAUACCGAAUAACCGUGGCAGCUGCCCACGGUCACUGUUGGGUGAAUGGAUGGUGAUUUGAAAGAAAUAGAAAUCGUUCAGUAUGUCGAUUUGAACAAGAAUGGGGUUCUCGUUGCUCGGGGCUGGUUACUGGGCCGCCAGCUGUUUCUCCUCGCAAUUUCUAAUACACACCCUAUUGCCUGUUCCUGGGGCCUACAGAAAAGCCGUAGGAGGAAAGUGAUUAGAGGAACUUCAGCUGUUUUGCUCCCUCUGAAUGGCCCCCUUUCAUCGGGAUAUGCAAGCACAAGGGCCUUUUUAAACCCACGUAUCGGGGGAAGACAAGAGUUCCACCAGAGCCAUUUGCUGUCCGGGUGGGCACGCCACCCGGAGGAGGGCACAUCCCCGCUGGAGGGCUCCAGCCUCUUUCUCAAACUUUCCUCCUUCUCCGGAGGGCAGGCGUGGAAGCAGGAGCCGGGGGCCAUUCAAGAUGUCACCACGGCAGUCAUGGACCUUUUCUGCUUGACUGAUUUCUGCAUCUCCCUCCGGCCAGCUCACUACUUCUGCUCUUCAGAGGUUCCCAGGCCAAAUUCCUUAAGUGAGAGCUUUUUCAUGGUGAAAGGAGCGGCCCUCUUCUUACAACAGGGGAGCAGCCCUCAAGGCCAGCGAAGUCUUCAGCAUCCCCACAAGCAUGCAGGGGACUUGCCUCAACAUCUUCAAGUAAUGAUCAACCUUCUGCGCUGUGAAGAUAGAAUCAAGCUGGCCGUGCGCUUGGAGAGUGCCUGGGCGGAGCGGGUGCGGUACAUGGUGGUGGUGGACAGCAGCGGGCGCCAGGACACGGAGGAGAGUAUCUUGCUGGGAGUCGACUUUUCCAGUAAGGAAAGCAAAAGCUGUACCAUCGGGAUGGUUCUCCGACUGUGGAGUGAUACAAAAAUCCACCUCGACGGAGAUGGUGGAUUCAGCGUCAGCACAGCAGGAAGGAUGCACGUCUUCAAGCCCGUGUCUGUCCAGGCCAUGUGGUCUGCCCUGCAGGUCCUCCACAAGGCCUGCGAGGUGGCACGAAGGCACAACUACUUCCCCGGGGGUGUGGCGCUCAUCUGGGCCACCUACUACGAGAGCUGCAUCAGCUCCGAGCAGAGCUGCAUCAAUGAGUGGAACGCCAUGCAGGACCUGGAGUCCACACGGCCUGACUCCCCGGCGCUGUUUGUGGACAAGCCGACCGAAGGGGAAAGGACCGAGCGCCUCAUCAAAGCCAAGCUCCGGAGCAUCAUGAUGAGUCAGGACCUGGAGAACGUGACUUCCAAAGAAAUCCGUAACGAAUUAGAGAAACAGAUGAACUGUAACUUGAAAGAGUUCAAGGAAUUCAUAGACAACGAGAUGCUCCUCAUCUUGGGACAGAUGGACAAGCCCUCCCUUAUCUUCGACCAUCUCUAUCUCGGCUCUGAAUGGAAUGCAUCCAAUCUGGAGGAACUGCAGGGCUCAGGUGUUGACUACAUUUUAAAUGUCACUAGAGAAAUAGAUAAUUUUUUCCCUGGCUUAUUUGCCUAUCAUAACAUCCGAGUCUACGAUGAAGAGACCACAGACCUCCUCGCCCACUGGAACGAGGCGUACCAUUUUAUCAACAAAGCAAAGAGGAACCGGUCCAAGUGCCUGGUGCACUGUAAGAUGGGCGUGAGCCGCUCGGCCUCCACGGUCAUAGCCUAUGCCAUGAAGGAGUUCGGCUGGCCCCUGGAGAAGGCGUACAACUAUGUGAAGGAGAAACGCAGUGUCACGCGCCCCAACGCCGGCUUUAUGAGGCAGCUGUCUGAGUACGAAGGCAUCCUGGACGCCAGCAAACAGCGGCACAACAAGCUCUGGCGCCAGCAGCCCGACAGCUGCCUCCAGCAGCCCGUGGAUGACCCUGCGGGGCCCGGGGACUUCCUGCCGGACACCCUGGACGACACCCCGGAAGCCCAGCUGCCCUGCCUGGACGAUGCUGCCCAGCCUGGGUUCCCGGGCGGUGGGGCCCCGGAGGGACCUGCUCUCCCCUGCUGUUUCCGGCGACUCUCGGACCCCCUCCUCCCCUCCCCCGGUGACGAGACCGGCGGCAUGGUCCACCUGGAAGACCUGGAGAGGGAUGCCCUGUUGGAGGAGGUCACUCAGCCGGCAGAAGAGUGCAAGCCAGCCAGACGUCCCCAGGAAGGUCCUGGACUCUGGGAGAAGGAAGCGAAAAAGCAGCUAGAGUUCGGAAGCCCCCCGGGGGCCAGGGGCGACACCUCCCCGCAGGUGGACGAGAUGGAGCGGGAAGAGGCCCUGGGAGCAGGGAGGUGGGGGCAGCCCGCAACCCAGCUUGAUAACCUGCUCAACCGGGAAAACCUAAAUAACAACAACAGCAAGAGGAGCUGUCCCGACGACUUCGAGCACGAUGCUAUCUUUGGGAUCCUUAACAAAGUGAAGCCUUCCUACCAAUCCUGCGCUGAAUGCAUGUACCCUCCAGCCAGCGGGAAUCCCGAGGCCUUCGGGGAGCGAUGCAAGAACCCCGGAGCUCCCGCCAUCUGCACCCAGCCCGCCUUCCUGCCCCCCCUCACAUCUUCCCCCGUGGCCCACGUGCCCAGCAGGCCCCGCGCUUUGGAGAAAUUGUCCUCUGGUCCAGUUGAAACCCCCCCAUUCCUGCCACCAGCCGGCUCAAGGAGGCCAGACACCGGUGGCCCUGGGGCUGGGGCUGCCCCCGAGCUGCCAGCUAGCCUUUUGGAACCUUCCAGAGAGACUCAAAAAGUCCUGCCAAAGUCCCUCCUUCUGAAGAAUUCUCACUGUGAUAGGAACCCCCCCAGCACAGAAGUAGCCAAGGAAGAAUCUCCACCCAGGAAAGAUCUGAAGCCGGCCAAGGACCUGCGGCGCCUGUUCAGUAAGGAAUCCGCGAAGCCGAUGACCAGCAGCUACCUGAUGCAGCACCAGGAGUCCAUCCUCCAGCUGCAGAAGGCGGGCUUGGUCCGCAAGCACACCAAAGAACUAGAGAGGAUGAAGGGCGCGCCCUUGGACCCGGCGGUUCCCCUCAGGGACGGCCCCGCCUGCAGGCUGGAGGCCAGCAUCCCCGAGGAGAACCAGGACCUGGCUCCUGUCCCUCCAGUGGGGGCCCUGGCCCUGCCCGGCCAGGCGGGGGUCAAUGAGAAGUCUGAGGCCGGCCCUCUGCCAGACGGAGCCCUGCUGAAGAGCCCCACGCCCUUCCUCUGCCGCCCAGACCACACCAGCCACUUCUCGAAAGACUUUCUGAAGACCAUCUGCUACACCCCCACCUCGUCCUCCAUGAGCUCCAACCUGACCCGGAGCUCCAGCAGCGACAGCAUCCACAGCGUCCGUGGGAAGCCCGGGCUGGUGAAGCAGCGGACGCAGGAGAUCGAGACCCGGCUCCGGCUGGCGGGCCUCACCGUCUCGUCCCCACUCAAGCGCUCGCACUCGCUGGCCAAGCUCGGGAGCCUCAACCUCUCCACCGAGGACCUGUCCGGCGAGGCCGACGCGUCCACCAUCGCCAACCCCCAGGACGCCAGGCUGAGCGAGUCUCCCUUCUGGCGUGAGUCCCAGGCUGCCCCACGGGACCCAGCCGCCACCUCCACACUGUCAGGGAAACCUGCCCCAGGAAACUUGAAAAGCCCUUCAUGGACGAGCAAGAGCUGACCCACCCGCCUUUUGCUGCGUUUGGACUCCACGUGGUCCCUCCCUUAGCAUCCCUGUGGAUCUGCGUCCGCCCCUUACAUCUUAAUUUCCCUUCACCAGUUGGCUUUCUCCUCCCUUUUCCUCUCCUCUGGCUGCAGAGGGGAAAGGCGAAACAAAAGUCACCAACAUCCAGCACAAGAAGAAAGGGGCACAUUGGUUGUGUGGCCUGGGAGAAACCAAAGCUGUCGGCCAGUAGACUCCGUCCGACCCCAGACCGGGUGUUUUGAAGCAGGCUCAUGUUUUAAGAAGAGCAUCGAUGGAUAUGCACACACAACAAGAUACUCCAUGCACAACCUGCAGAGGAAGGGCCCUGUUCUGGCUCAGUCAGGCCCCCGGGGGAAACUCUCGGAUGGCAGUAGAAGUCCUACCUCUCUUCCUGCUGUGCUUUUUACUUUUAAAAUCGAGUAAUGACCAAGGCUCAUUCCAGGGGAAAAUACUGUGUCUGAAAAGGUGUUUCCAAAAGAGAACUUUCUGUUUUUGUUCUGGGGACCCCAAGAAGUGUUAAGACUCUUACAUCAACAGCGCCAAGCUCUGCUCGUUAAAAGUGACAUGAAGGUGUGGAGUGUGGUUGUCGGACCGACUUUGGGGCGUGCGGGGGUCCUGGGUGCGGUUGAAUUCCCUGCCCUGGUGUGGUGUUACAGCUGAGUGAUGCGUGUCGGGCCAGCCCUGGGGUGAGGUGGGGGGAAGUGUGUGUGGUGUCCUCAGUUGUCGCUAAAGGUCAGAUUUCAGUUGCCCCCCAUCUGGGGAGAAGGACCCACAUAGUACUGAGUCUCACCUGCGGAUCCGGAUGUGGUUGUGUUGAUUUCCAAGGCGCUCGAGUGUCCGGUGGGGCCGGUAGUUCGGAGACGUGGGUCGCCCUGCCAGGAGCCCCGGCACUCACUCACAUUAGAUCACGUCUGCUUGUGUCUGGGGAGGAAAAGGAGAUUCCAGCCGCAGCUCCCUAGGGAUGGGAGCCUGGCGGAAAGCUUCACAGAUGUUUGCAGCCGCCCCUUCCUGCUUCCUGUUUCUCGGGAGCGUUUCCCAGAGGACAGUGUGCAGUCCCACCUGGCUCUGCGGGGAGCCCCUCCAAGAAUCGGGUGAGCUCUGCAGGUCAUGUGGCCACAGGCUCUGGGCUUGAGUUGGGGGACUCCUAUGUCAGCUGGCAGGACAGGGUGUUAAGAUACUUUGGAGAGGGAGAGGAGGCUUGGUGAGGUUUAAGUCAGGGCACAGCAAACCACAGUGCGUGGCCCCCGGAGCGAAGGUGGUUUUUUACAUUUUUAACGGGUUAUUAAAAAAUUUAACAAAUAGAUGACAGGGAAUUGGCAGCUUGCAAAGCCUAAGAUAUUUUACUGUCCAGCCCUUUAUAGAAAAUGCUGGCCGAGCCCUGGUUUUACUUAACAACACAGGGCUGCCUGAGGCCCUCCAGGAAGAAAGCGGGCAGGUCGGAAAGCCUCUCUGCUGCUUCCACACCUUAGGCCAAACCCUUCCCUGCCCACCUCCCAGCCCUGGCCAGCCCAGCCCCAGCGUCUCUCCUGUGCUGGGGGAGUGGGGCUGUGCACGUGGAGGGGCGCCGCCGGCCGAGGCUUUCCUGCAGUUUCAGCUUGCCCUCUGGUGAGCCAGCCAGAUUAAUUCAGUGAAGCUAGACAGCCUUCCAGGGCCAGCCAGAUCCUGAAAAUGGGUGAGUCACUGUCGCAAGCUGGUCAGAACGAGGCCCCUAAGAGCAGCCCAGGCAGGGUCUUCAGGAACAAGGCUAGUUCGUCAGUAUUUCAACUAGUGGGUAGAGUUUUUGCAAAAUCUCUCUGGAAAUUUUUUCUCCUUUUUUUUUAUUUUUCACUUUAAGUAUGUCAUUUUACUUUAUAGGAAUUUGUUUUCCCACCGCUGUCAAUUGAAAUCUGACCUUAAAAGGUGAUUAUCCACUUAUUCCUGAAAACCCAGUCAGGUUUCCCCCUCUCUCUCAGCCAACAAGAACCAUAGUCUCAAAAAAAUACAUCAGAUUCAAUGUCUUGCCGAAUUAAAUUUCACGUGGUGGGUCAAUUUUUGUAUCAAAAUAAUCCUUUAGGUUUGGUGAUGACAGGCUUCUGUUGGUUUUGUUUGUUUGUUUGUUUGACCAUGCCUGUGUAUGAGAGAUGUAUUUUUGAAAAGCCGAAUUUUGAAAGCCAUAAUUUUUCACAUCCAGUUAAGGGUGGGAGGAGGAUUAUGAAUAAGAGUGGGUCUUUGGCUUUUGGCAAACUUCUCCAUUCACUUUCGGAAGCUUACUACACCAACCUCUAAACAGACCAAGGCCCAGGGCCCCGUCCUCGGAGCACAAGGAAGCACUCCUCGUGGGGGACUCUCUAGCCUGCAGAAAAGGAUGGAGGUUUUUCUCUGAGACCCAGGUCAGCUGCAUGUAAACCUAUAGGAGAUCACUGUUUUAAAUGUUAAUACUGACAAGACACGAGCAUUGUACCAACCCGGGGGCACCUUGGCAAAGACAAAUUCAUGCUGGUCUCUGAGAAGAAAGUUUGCACUAUAAACUGCCCCAUCUUGACCAGUGCUUCGUCUGUAAUCUUAGCAGACGGGGGACAUUCCGAAGGAGAGUGGCAGGGGUUUAUGCUGUGAAAGUCAUUGAUUCCGGUGACUGCCGUCUUCAUGGAAUGCCCUUGUCAAAUCAGACGAGAACAAAAACUUUCUCAAUCAGCGCCAUACUCUGAAUUCAGGUGCAUUUCAUCUGCCAACUCACCUCUCCCUCAUUUUCACUCUAGUUCGUAGGGCACGCCAAAACUAGAUGGAGCUUUUCUAGGGCUUCCUCUUGCAUGGACACGGGGGGCUCUGCUUGCCCAGUUUUGUUGAGUCUGAGCAGGGAACUGGUUACAGAGAGGUGGGGAGACGGCGCUGUCCUCUGGUGAUGAGUCCCAGUUCUUUGUCUCGAAGCUUCUUGUGGGCCUUGGAGCAAUGUGCAUCACCGCAUGAGCAUCUUAAGAACAAGGCUCUUGCUCUCGGCCUUCCCUGCCUCCUCGGUCUCAUUGCGGAUGGGCACCCGUGCCGACCCCCCGGGCUGCCAGACAGCUCUCUGCUGGGUAGUGGCACCCUGUCCAUCAGGCAGGCAGAUUACCCACCAGGUGCUCACAGGUGGCUGUCUAACUCCCUUCUGCUCCAUUCCACCCUCUCCAGCUAAAAGGCAUUUGUUCCAGCCCUUUCUAAAGCCUUUUCCUUCCUGGAUAAGCCCAGAGGAUGGAGACAGAGCUGCCACAGAAUUAUCAUCAGGACAACCCUAUAUGCGGGCACUCGGCCCAGGCCCCAUCCCUGAAGGUUGAUGGAUCCCACCCAGCAGGGCUUCCUCUGACCCACGUGGUGCAUGAAGGCAACCCUUCACCUCUGGCAGGGGAGCUCGGCUGGCCAGGAGACUUGUGACAGCCGGGUCACCUGCUCUAGUCCUCCCCCUGCGGCAUCUCGCCACCUUGGCCUGCCGGACCAAGGUGGUUAGGGAUCCCCGUGCUCAGCUACCCUAAUUGCUAAUCUGCUGUGCCAUUGAGCACCUAUGUGUAGGAGUUCACUCUGCAUAUAUAAAUAUACAUAUAUAUAUUUGACUGUAUAUACAUCACUUGAAUCAAAGCAUCACAUGCACGCACGCUGUGUCCCCCGAGCUAUGAAGCCAAUCGCCUUGAAUGGUCUGGAGCAGCACUGGGCUGCGCUGCCCCCAGUGGAUCUGGACGUGACCGCCUUGUCUCUGUCCUGUGGUCGGUGCUGCGGCCCCAGCUCCUGUCAGUGUCUCAGGCAGGAGUCUUUAGAACCAGACCACCAGUCCUCUGCUGUCCUUUCUGCGUGAGAAGGUGGCUGCUCCCUCCCUCCUUUCCGACACUGUAAUUAUUUUACAAUCGAGUGCCUUAAUAAUAGUUUACAAAUACUGUGUAUUUAUGGGAAACUGUUAAGCUCUCACGUUCUGUGAUUGGAUGCUUUGCUUGUCAGUGGUGGUUGGCGUGGGGGCCGGAGGCGGCCGUGCCCCACGGCCGGGCCGGGAGCAUGCUGGACCGGCGCUGGCUCAGCCGUGUCCCGCAGGAGCGAGGGAAGUCUGGAAGCGGCUUGCUGGCCAGCUGGGGGUUGGCGCAGCCCAGCCCCUCCCCUGCUCCCCUAUCGCACACUUGUACUCCUGUCCAGUAGAGUUUUUAUGACCACCAAGGCCACCCUGUUUUCCUCCCCAUUGGAGUCCUGAGCUCUUUGCGACAAAAUGCAGGUACAGACCGCCCCCCCCGCCCCAAAAUCAGGAGCUCCACGAGGCGGCCUGCCCUCUGGUUUUCAGAAGCUGCCAGUGGGUUCCACUGUGUUGCGUUAGGAUAUCAGUAAUUUUUUUAUUAUAUUGUUUUUCUUCUUGGUUUUUUUUAUAUUAUAUAUUUAAAAGGCAGUGUCUUUUGUACUGUGAAGUUGCAGUAGAAGAUGCAGAAUGCACUUUUUUUUUUUUUACUUCUGUUGGUGUGUACUGUAUAUAUAUAUAGUCUGUGUGCUUCUCGUGAUGAAAAUAAACUUUUUCUUUAUAAAUGCCUGAUGACUUCUGAGCUUGUGCCAAAAAGAGGCCUCUUCAGUCCUCCCUGGGAGAGUCGGGCGCAUCUUUGUCAUCGUGAUGGCCGGUCUUGAGUGAGCACCUGGGCCCCGUGCUAAAGACUCGGACAGGUACCAGCAAGAAGAUAUUCAAGUCAGAAAUGUAGCCUCCAGCCCCUGGGAAAUCUGACCCACUUCGUGCUCCAAAGCCUGUCUGGGCGGCACAAGGACAGGGACGUGUCUCAGUCACCUCUGGGGCCCCAGCACACUGGGCUUGGCACACUGGACUGAACCCCAGGUCAACACCAGGCAUUUGCUACGCAUGAAUCAACGAAUCCUGGGUUUUUAGAGUCCAGGAGCAUCUGAAAGUUCAUCCAGACCAGAAGCCUUUAUAACAUCCAUCCAUUCGGCAUCCUCCCGCAUUCAUGGUGCUCCUGCCUCGUGUCAGCCCCUGGGGACAAAGGAGCCCAUCUGGUUCACCCCUGGGGGGCCUGGCAGAAAGCCCAUCUGUGAAAGUCAGGAAGGAAACACAGCACCUGCCAACGGCAAUGAGGUUAGGUGAGUGGGAUUCGAGGUGGAUGUUUUUCCUUUCGUCUAUUCCAAAAUCUCUGCAGUGGGACUGUUACUUUUAUACCUAAAAAGGAAAAUGUAAAGAUUUAAUAAAAAGAUACUUUGUA